AUGUUUGGAGCUUUCCUUAGCACAAUGUCGGCCCAUACACGACGUGGAGAAGAAGGCUCGGCGCAUGAGAAACUUUCCUUUUUCAGCAUGAAGAAAACCCUACUCGAUCUCGCCCAUAUAUACAUGUUUUUAGCCGCUGAGCGCGAUAGUCUAGACAGUGUUAAGGUCCUUGUGGAUUCGAUCCCAUACUAUACUUACCUCGUUGCUGUGCACUUGCAGGCACAACUUGAGCGUGCCAUGGCUGGAGAAGUACGUGACCAGCAACCAAAUCCUUGGAGGAACCAUCUUGAUGAGCCGCCUUUGGACGAGGUCCAAGACCGCAUACCACGAGAAGGCCUUGGACCGGAGCUUAACCGAGCCGAUGGGCUACACCGAGGAGACUUAGGCGAUCACCAAGGAGGGGAGAACCAAGAGACCGUUGGAGACAGUGACUCUAGACCAGAGCUUCUCCAAAGCCGUAGCCCUAUCCGGACUUACGAGGGCCACCAGUUUGAAAUCAAGCCGCGAGUUAUCGCUUUGGUAAAACAAAGUCAAUACCACGGGCUUAUUGAAGAAGAUCCGUUGGAUCAUGUCGAUUCCUUUGAAGAAUUGUGCAGCACAACUAGUGCAAAUGGAGUUCCGGGCGACUACUUGAGAUGCCGGCUCUUUACCUUUACCUUGGCGGGAAAAGCACUCAAGUGGCUCAAGUCUCUCCCGUCUCGCUCAAUCACUACAUGGAUGGAGUUCAAGAAAGCUUUUCUUGGUCAGUUUUAUACAAAGCAGCGGACUAGUUUGAUGAGGAACAAGAUCGUUGGCUUUCAGCAAGGGCCAAUAGAGCUGUAUCAUGAGGGAUUGGAGCGCUUCAAGGAAUACAUAAGAGAUUGUCCACAACAUGGCUUCUCGGAAGUAAACUUGUGGAACACGUUUUAUGAGGGAAUAAGGCGCGAGCACAAGCUGUAUCUUGAUAUAGCUAGCAACGGGAACUUCAUGAGUAAGUCCAUAGAGGAAGCCAAAACGUUGAUUGAUAACUUAGCGGUCAGUGACAGCAAGAAUCAACCGAGCUAUGAAGAAACGAUCAAGGCAAUCAACGCGAGACCGGGACUAGUUGAGUUUGAGGAGCUGAAGUCCAUGAUCGCUAAACUUUUGGAGAGAGAACCGGAGCAUCGCCUGAGCCCCCGUGAGAACAAUAUGCAACGGACCAAGGUCGAUGAGUGGGGUACUCUACAUAAGCAAGCAAGAGAUACAACAUCCGGCUGA